CAGAGCAGAAAUCAAGGAAAAUGAAGGCCAUCCUGCUGAGCUCCCUUCUGGGAUUGAUCUGUAUGUCCCUGGUGCAGGCAGAUGUCCUCGUACAGCCAGACUUUGAUGCCAAACAGUUUUCAGGCUUGUGGUAUGUCAUUUCCAUGGUGUCAGAUUGCAAGGUCUUCCUUGGCAAGAAGGAAAAUAUAUUGAUGUCAACAAGAUUAAUAAAUGCCACAGAGCAUGGCAACCUUAAUGUCCACAUGGCCUUACCUUGGGCUGAUGGCUGUAAGACAAUGGAUGCAGAGUAUAUGAAGAUAGGGUCAGAAGGUCACUACAAAGUACCUGUUAAUGGCUACCUGGAUGUGCGUGUGGCUGAGACUGAUUACACAUCCUACGGCAUCCUGUACAUCUACAAAGAGCUGGAUGGGGUACUAAGCACCAUGGUGCAGUUAUUCAGUCGGACCCAGGAUGUGAGUGCCAAGGCUCUGAGAGCAUUCCAGGAUUUCUAUCCUAUUGUGGGGCUUGAGGAUGACAUGAUGUCCUUGUUCUCCAAGUCAGAUGCUUGUUCCCAGGAAAACAUUGAGGGAAAAGCCUAGAGAAGACUUCUUCAGUCAUGAACAGAGAAAUUGUGAUCAGUAAGGAAGUCACAGAUCUUUGAGCACUUCUUGGAGACCCCAUCAGAGGAGUCCUUUGCAUUCCUCCUCUA